CUAAAGCGCACGACCGGAAGUUUCUGUCCGCGGCUUUGAGGAGAUAGUGGAGCCGCUGGGCCGCAGCCGGGAAGCCUAGGUGUGGAGGCGCUGAGACUUAGGAGACAGCUGGGGCCGUUGGGGAGACUCAGGUGGCGGGACACUGGCGAGGUCCCGACCUGACCCUGGGCCAGUCUCGUCCUCGCGGCCCGCCUCCUCACCCCGCCCCCACUUGGGGCUGAAGUGGCUCCCCUCCUGAUCUGAGCCUGGUCCCUCUUCAGGCACUGACCCUUGACCUCGGGGCGCUCCCCCAUCCUUUGGGCGCGAUGGCUACAGGCGCGGAUGUCCGGGACAUUCUAGAACUCGGUGGUCCAGAGGGAGAUGCAGCCUCUGGGACCAUCAGCAAGAAGGACAUUAUCAAUCCGGACAAGGGAUGCACCCCCACUGCUGCCCAGUGACACUGGUCAAGGCUACCGCACAGUGAAGGCCAAGUUGGGCUCCAAGAAGGUACGGCCCUGGAAGUGGAUGCCAUUCACCAACCCAGCCCGCAAGGAUGGAGCCAUGUUCUUCCACUGGCGAAGGGCAGCAGAGGAGGGCAAGGACUACCCCUUCGCCAGGUUCAAUAAGACAGUGCAGGUGCCCGUGUACUCAGAGCAGGAGUACCAGCUCUACCUUCAUGAUGAUGCUUGGACAAAGGCAGAGACCGACCACCUCUUUGACCUCAGCCGCCGCUUUGAUCUGCGUUUUGUCGUCAUCCAUGACCGGUAUGACCACCAGCAGUUCAAGAAGCGUUCUGUGGAGGACUUGAAGGAGCGGUACUACCACAUCUGUGCCAAGCUUGCCAACGUGCGGGCUGUGCCAGGCACAGACCUCAAGAUACCAGUAUUUGAUGCUGGGCAUGAGCGACGGCGGAAGGAACAGCUGGAGCGUCUCUAUAACCGGACCCCAGAGCAGGUGGCAGAGGAGGAGUACUUGCUGCAGGAGCUGCGCAAGAUCGAGGCCCGGAAGAAGGAGCGGGAGAAGCGCAGCCAGGACCUGCAGAAGCUGAUCACGGCGGCAGACACCACUGCCGAGCAGCGCCGCACGGAACGCAAGGCCCCCAAGAAGAAGCUCCCCCAGAAAAAGGAGGCUGAGAAGCCGGCUGUUCCUGAGACGGCAGGCAUCAAGUUCCCGGACUUCAAAUCUGCGGGCGUCACGCUGCGGAGCCAGCGGAUGAAGCUGCCCAGCUCUGUGGGACAGAAAAAGAUCAAGGCCCUGGAACAGAUGCUGCUGGAGCUGGGUGUGGAGCUGAGCCCGACGCCCACGGAGGAGCUGGUGCACAUGUUCAAUGAGCUGCGGAGUGACCUGGUGCUGCUCUACGAGCUCAAGCAGGCCUGCGCCAACUGCGAGUACGAACUGCAGAUGCUGCGGCACCGGCACGAGGCACUGGCCCGGGCCGGCGUGCUGGGGGGCCCCACCCCCCCGGCCCCGGCCCCGGCCCCGGCCCCGGCCGAGCCAGCGGUGUCUGAACCCGCUCUUGGCUCUGACCCCAGCAAGGACGCCAUCAUCGAUGUGGUGGGCGCACCCCUCACGCCCAAUUCGAGGAAGCGGCGGGAAUCGGCCUCCAGCUCCUCUUCUGUGAAGAAAGCCAAGAAGCCAUGAGAGGCCCCACAGGGUGUGGGACGCUGCUGUGUAAAUAGAGCUGCUGAGCUGGA